AUGGCUUCGUCGCUCGUCACGGCCUUCAUCUACGACAGAUACGAAACCUACCGGUCCCAGGGACUGGGCUACGAGGAGUUGAUCCCUUUCGACGUCGACGUCACCAUCGACGGGCUCAAGCGGGCGCUCGAGGCAAGCGGCCACAAGGUGGUGGCCGUCGAGGGCAUCCGGCAGCUCGUGGCCUUGGUGGCCGAGGGCAAGCACAAGUCGUGGGACCUGGCCUUUCCCAUCGCCGAGGGCAUCUUCGGCGGCGCCGGCCGGGAGGCGCAGGUCCCCGGCAUCCUCGAGGCGUACCAGAUCCCGCACGUGUUUGCCGACGCGGCGACCCUCUCGCUCGCGCAGGACAAGGGGCUGACCAAGAUGGUCCUCGACCACCACGGGAUCCCGACCGCCCCGUUCGCCGUCGUCCCGGCCGCUGCCGGCCCGUCCGCGGGUGCGGGCGAGGAAAAAGAGGACGUGGGCGCGACGUUCCCGCUCUUCAUCAAGCCGACGUGGGAGUGCUCGUCCAAGGGGAUCGACCAGAAGAGCAAGGUGGGGGACGCGGCGGAGCUGGUGGAGGGGGUGCGCCGGCUGCGGGCGCGGUACCCGGGCCAGAGCGUGCUGGUCGAGCGCUUCCUGGGCGGCGCCGAGUACUCGGUCAGCAUCCUGGGGACCGGUCCGUCCGCCCGGGCCAUCGGGACCGCGCUGCUGGACUGGGACGCGGCCGAGUCGCAGCAGGUCCUCGACUCGCACUACCACGUCCCCUACUGGGCCCGCGGCGCCCCGCCCGAAGGCCACGACUACCCCGUCAAGGUGGUGAGCGCGCGGGACAACCCGGACGUCCGGCCGGCCGAGGAGGUGGCCCUCAAGGCCUGGCGAGCCGUCGGCUGCCGGGAUACCGGCCGCGUCGACAUACGACUGGGGCUCGACGGACUGCCCUAUGUUCUCGAGAUCAACGCAAUUCCCGGCUUGCGCCCGUCAUGGUCGACGCUGACCAAGACGGCCGAGUUCUACGGCAUCGACUAUGACCAGCUGAUUGGAGCCGUGGUCGAGAGCGCGCUGGAGCGGUACCCUCACUUGAGAUCCAAGAGUGAGUCCGCGGAGCUCAGGAACUGA